AUGAGGAGAUACCUGAGCGAGCACUACAAGGAGGCGAGGAGAGGCAUCAAUGAGCUCAUUCCCGCCAUUUCUAGCAAUCUGUUCAAUCCAAGUGCCAUCUUUGCUAACAAUGAGAUGAGUCUUGCUGACAUUGAAAUUUAUGGCUUUGAUUACGACUACACACUAGCCUUUUACUCUAAAGAUCUUCACACCUUGAUUUUCAAUACUGCUAGAGAUCUACUAAUCAACGAGCAUCGGUAUCCAAAUGAAAUUCAAAAAAUAUGAAUACAAUCCAAACUUUGCAAUUCGGGGUCUACAUUAUGAUGUUCAUAAGGCACUAUUGAUGAAGAUUGAUUCUUUUCAUUACAUUCAACUUGGAACAGUGUAUCGAGGAUUUGAUGUUGUGCAAGAUUCAGAAGUUAUUGAAAUGUACCAAGGUUCCCAUGUACCGUUGGAGCAGAUGAGCGAUUUCUAUGGAAAGAGUUCUGAAGGCAACACAUUGAAGCAAUUCAUGGACAUAUUCUCAUUGCCAGAGAUGACUCUUCUCUCCUGUGUCAACGACUACUUUUUCAAAAACAACAUAGAUUAUGAACCAGUUCAUCUAUAUAAGGAUGUCAAGGAUGCAAUUAGAGAUGUCCAUGUGAAAGGGCUAAUGUACAGAGCAGUGGAGGCUGACAUUGAAAGGUACAUUCGCUAUGGGGAGAGAACGCGAGCGGUGUUGGCAAAACUGGCAAACAAUGGCAAAAAGAUGUUCCUUAUAACGAAUAGUCCCAGCAGCUUUGUCGACAAAGGAAUGCACUUUAUUGUUGGAAAAGAUUGGAGAGAUCUUUUUGAUGUUGUUAUAGUUCAAGCUGACAAGCCAAAUUUUUUCAAUGACAAGAGGAGACCAUUCCGUAAAGUUACUGACCGAGGGGUUCUACUAUGGGAUAAAAUUAGUCAGCUUGAAAAAGGCAAAAUCUAUAAGCAGGGAAAUUUGUUUGAAUUUCUCAAGCUUACUGGCUGGAGAGGAUCAAAAGUGUUAUACUUUGGUGAUCAUAUAUACAGUGACUUAGCGGAUUUGACAUUGAAGCAUGGGUGGAGGACAGGUGCUAUUAUUCCAGAACUGAAAUCAGAGCUCACAAUUAUGAAUACAACAGAGUAUAUUCAGACGAUGGCCUGGCUUCAGGGUUUAACUGGGUUACUUGAACGUAUGCAGGUAUACAGAGAUGCUGAGUCACAGAUGAUAUUGCAAGACUGGAUAAAAGAGAGACAAGAAAUGAGGGACAUGGCGAGGAAAAUUUUUAACCCUCGCUUUGGAAGUAUAUUCAGGACGGAUCAUAAUCCAACCUAUUUUCUGAGACGGCUGGCACGUUUUUCGCUGAUAUCUACAUGGAAUCUCUUAGCUGUUUACUGAACUAUGAUCUGCAUCACACUUUCUAUCCAAAGAGGACUCCUCUUCAACAUGAAGUUCCGAUGUGGUCCGAGCAGCAGUAUUCUGGAACAUUUGGUAUCCCAUUCUUGCAGGAAAUUGCCCAACUUAAAUGA